AGAGAGAGGGAGAGAGAGGGAGAGAGAGGGGAGCAACUAACCUACCCACAGUGUCUCACCACUUGCUCUCUGGAAAUGCUUCAGAUGGGCUUCCUGUUUAGGACCGGUUAGCUUUUUCGUGUUUUCUUUUAAGCGUUGCAAAAAUGACAUCUCUGCUGCUGUCGCUUAGGCAUCCAGUGCGUCCUUAGAGUGCGCUCUGAGCUACUUAUAUCUGCGCCGGAGAAACUUGGACCAAAGGGAUGCGACAACGAGUGCAUAUCUUGGCAAGGCAUCAGUUAUUGAGGAUUGGAAAUGGCACACUGUAGGGUCUGCCUAUGGAAUGAGCCUCUGUCAUAAAAUAGCCUCAUCUCACGCAAACUGAUCUGAACUUAGAAUAUUCCCACGGACAGAAAAAGAAAAAAGCCGAACGGCGGUGGACGCAGGAUCCUGAAUUUUGAUGCGGAAAGUUCCUAAAUACUGAGAGUGGAUUUUGUGGCCGCUGAAGUGAUUUUGAUGUCAGCACUGUGACGGAGGUUUGAGGGUUGGACACCUGCCUCUGGGAGCACCGGUGGACAUAUCAGCUGCGGACGAAUUGGCUACGCGACAAGCGCUCGCAUUGAAGUCUCUGGCACAGGCAGACCUUCUGAUGACCUCAUGGAACUGAAUUUUCGAGUAGUACUGUUUUGGGUCGUGGUGCUGCUCUGUGGCUCUGCUGAAGGCAGCAUCCUGUACCGGGUCCAAGAGGAGCAGCCUCCCAACACUCUUAUUGGUAGCCUGGCAGCAGACCAGGGACUGCCAGACUCGGGUCACCUUUACAAGCUAGAGGUGGGUGCCCCUUACCUUCGUGUCGAUGGAAAAACAGGAGACAUUUUCACCACUGAGAUUCCCAUAGACAGAGAGACCCUGCGGGACUGCCGAUCUCUCGCUAAGGGUAAACCCUGCUAUCUGGAAUUUGAAGUAUCAGUGACAGACCUGAUACAAAACCAGAGCCCACGACUUAUCGAAGGACGCAUUGAAGUACAGGACAUCAACGACAACACUCCACAAUUUCCCUCUUCUGUGCUCACCAUCUCUGUCCCUGAGAACACGAUCAUGGGGGCAUUAUUCUCCAUUCCUCUAGCUACAGACAGGGACUCAGACAGGAAUGGCGUGGCUGACUAUGCGCUGACUGCAGGGCCAGAUGCAGCAACCUUGUUUGGUUUACAAGUGGCUGAUGACAGAGGAGGGAAGCUCCCACAGCUCAUUGUCCUGGGCAAUUUAGAUCGUGAGCUGAAGGAUUCCUAUGACCUCACCAUCAAGGCAGUGGAUGGAGGAAACCCUCAGCGCUACAGCAGUGCUUUGCUCAGGGUGGUAGUGACCGAUGCAAAUGAUAACUCCCCCAAGUUUGAAAAGUCCACGUAUGAAGCUGAAGUUUCAGAAAAUAGUCCAGUGGGACACUCAGUGUUGCAGGUCAAAGCAAAUGACUCUGACAUGGGCCCUAAUGGAGAGAUUGAGUACACCCUUCACCAAGCAGUCGACCCAGUGCCGAAGCUCUUACGAAUUGAUCGAUCCACUGGCAUUAUCUAUGUCAAAGGCCCUCUGGACAGGGAGGAAAUCAGCAGCUUGUCAUUUUAUGUGGUGGCGAGGGAUAAAGGUCCUCAACCUAAAAGCUCGAAGACAUUUGUAACCAUUGAGGUGACUGACCAAAAUGACAACGCACCAGCUGUGGAGAUCCGUGGGAUUGGUCUUGUAACUCACAGUGAAGGAGUGGCUAAUAUUUCAGAGGACAUGCCAGUGGGAACAGCUGUUGCUUUGGUGCAAGUGUCUGACAAAGAUGAAGGAGAGAAUGCUGUGGUCACUUGUGUGGUAGCAGGAGAUGUCCCCUUCCAGCUCCGCCCUGCCAGCGACUCCUCUAGCGACAACAAGAGGAAGUAUUUCCUCCAGACCACCACUCCUCUUGACUAUGAAAGAAUUAGGGAUUACCGAGUAGAAAUUGUGGCUGUGGAUUCGGGUAACCCAGCACUCUCCAGUACAAACUCUUUAAAGGUGCAGGUGACUGAUGUGAACGAUAACUCUCCAAUAUUCUCCCCAACUUUAUUUGAAGUUGAUUUUGCAGAAGAAAACCAACCAGGGGAGAAGGUUUUGGAUGUUACAGCCUCCGAUGCUGACAGUGGCACUAAUGCUGAACUCCUCUACAAUAUUGUGGCAGAAUCAUCCAUCAAAGGUUUGUUUGAGAUUGACCCAAACACUGGCGAAGUAAGAGCCAGAAGCCCACUUGAUCGUGAACACAAAGAACGGUAUGAGUUUCGAGUCACUGCAGCAGAUAAAGGGUCACCUGUUCACAAAGGAACAGCAACUGUUGUAAUAAAAGUCCUUGAUCGCAAUGACAAUGACCCCAAGUUCAUGCUUAGUGGCUACAGCUUUUCAGUUUUGGAGAACAUGCCUCCCCUCAGUCCCGUUGGUAUGGUGACAGUCCUAGAUAUGGAUAAAGGUGAGAACGCUCGUGUUCACCUGUCUGUAGAACCUGAUGGAGGCAAGUUUGUUGUUCAGAAUGGAACUGGCACCAUUCUCUCAAGCAUCUCAUUUGACAGGGAGAAAGAAAGCAGCUACACAUUCCGUCUAAAAGCAGUGGAUGGAGGAGAACCACCCAGGUCUUCAUAUGUGGGUGUUACCAUCAAUGUGCUGGAUGAAAAUGACAACGACCCUGUAAUCACUAAGCCCUCCAACUCCUCUUUCAGGCGUUUGUCACCUCUUGCUUCCCCAGAUAGCCAUGUUGAGGUCGUGGAAGCUGAAGACCUGGACAGUGGGCCCAAUGCAGAGCUGGUCUUUAGUAUUGCUGGUGGUAACCCUUAUCAGUUAUUUCGCAUCUCCCCCUCUAGCGGAGAGAUCACCCUGGCAAAGGAGAUGACCCGCAAACAUGGUGGACUGCAUCGCCUUGUGGUGCGAGUGAGUGACAGGGGCAAGCCUGCGCGCCAUGCCACUGCUCUGGUUCACAUCUAUGUCAAUGAAACCAUUUCAAAUGUCAGCUUAGUGGAAGCCUUAGUCGGACACAGUCUUUACACUCCACUAGACAGGGACAUUGCUGGUGAUCCUGACAAUGGUUUUGCUGCACAGCGCAGUAACAUUUUGUUUGGAAGUCUCGCUGGUGUGGCAGGCGUUGUAAUGUUAAUUUUGGUGGUGGUAUUUAUUCGACACCGCAUCCAAAGAGAAACUAAGAGUGGCUAUCAGGCUGGCAAAAAGGAAACAAAGGACUUGUAUGCGCCCAAGCAGGCACCAAAGAAUGCCAAAGGCAAACGAGGAAGGAAAGGCAAACCCCAGAAGUCCCCAAAACCUCUCGGGGAAGACGAAGAGGUCAGCCUUCAAAAAAGUCUCAAGUUCAACCUCGAUGGAGUCAAUGAUAGCCCCAGGAUACACCUGCCCCUCACUUAUUCACCAGGAAGCCCUGAUAUAGGCAGGCACUACCGCUCAAACUCCCCCUUACCCUCCAUUCAGCUGCAAGCCCAAUCACCUUCAGCCUCUCAGAAGCACCAGGCCGUCCAGGACCUGCCAGCAGCCAAUACCUUUGUAGGGACAGGAGGAGACGACAACUCUACCGGCUCAGACCAGUACUCAGAUUACAGCUACAAGACCAGCCAGCCGAAGUACAACAACAAGCAGCAUCCCCAUCGGCGAGUGACCUUUUCCACCACCAAUCCUGUGCAGGACCUGCAGGAUGCCUCUCAGCACAGCUACUAUGACAGCGGCUUGGAGGAAUCGGAGACUCCCAGCAGCAAGUCAUCGUCUGGUCCCCGCAUCGGACCCCUGACCCUGCCCGAGGACCACUAUGAGAGAACCACUCCAGAUGGCAGCAUUGGAGAAACCGAACACCCGGAAAACGAUAUCCGCUCCCUCCCUGAUGUGGCAAUGACUGGAAACUGUACAACCGAGUGCAGCGAAUUGGGCCACUCAGACGCCUGCUGGAUGCCUGGGCAUCCCUCCCCUGUACGCAAGACCAGGAACCCCCCGAAACUCUCCACCUUCGUGCCUUACCAGGAGAGAGGGAGCCUGGGACGCCUGGCAAAUGGGAGCGCCAGGCUGGGUGGCGAGGAGCACCGGUCGCGCCUUCCACCCUCCCGCAGUGCCUAUUCCAGCAGUGGUCAUGAUGCCAGUCAGGACUGCCCUUUAGAGGAGAUGCCCCUGAGCGUAGCCUCUGAGUUUCCACCCACCUCCCCUUCCGCCCACACUCCAAAAAGAGAAAUUUACCUGUGAGGAACAUAUUCACCUGAUCGGUUACACACGUGAAGGAAAGAUAACACCCACUUCAGAAGGAGAAACAGGCUGUCCACAUGCUAAAGCCAAUGCCCAUUUUUUAGGUAACAAUAGGCUGUGACUCAUUCAAUCACUGGCAUGAACACUUGUUUUUGUCAUUUCCUCCUUAAAUUAUUAAUUUAUUAGGAUAUUUAUUAAUGAUGCCACAAAGUUAAUUGAUGCACUCACUAUUUUAUUUAUUCCAAAAUCUUGAAAGAUACAAUUUAGACAGAUGAAAAAGGAAAUGCAGAUGGUAAUUGCUACUUUAGUAGGUACUAAUUAUCGUUGUAGUUAGCCAAGUCCCAUUCUGUGAAGUGAUCUCUUGAAUUUGAAAGUUGUGAUCAGUGCUCUUGUGCCAUUAUUAGAUAUAAUUUAAUAGCCAGCCAGUCGAGGCCAUAUCAGAAGGCGUAACACUUUUGACUAACAAUCAAAUGAAAUGGUCUAUCUUAAUGUACAGUGCUGUAAAUACAUUUGAAUGGUGUGUUCUACAUAUAUUUUUGUCGGGCAUAAGCUGAAAAAAAUGGCCUCAGAAUUUUAGCAUAUUUAAGCGUUUCUUUACUACUGCUGUUUAAACUUGAUUGAAACCAUCUCCCGGAGUGGAGCUCGAUAUUGUGGAAGGCAUUUAUCCGCUCCACACAAUCACACACACACACACCUUCGACCCCUAAUCAUAGUAGAAUGGCCUUUACCUCUGCUCCCUGUAGAGCUCUGCCACUGGUGGAGGGAGCUGUGUGGCAGCAUUUAAACUGACAUUAUGUUCCACUGACUCGCAGCACUGUGACCUAUCGUUCGUCAUGAAAACGGUUGACUUGGCCACAGUACCCCAGAGUCACAAUGACCAAAUGCAGAGUGCUCACCAGACACAUUCUGAUUGGCUUUUCACCCCGUUGAUGAGAUUAUAGCGGUGUAUCAGUUUGGAAAAGCUCUCCUCUGUUGUGACAAUCAGACGGGCUCUAUGCGUAAGUCGCAACCCUUUCCUCUGAAGCUCAUAGUGGUUUCCCCUCACUAUACAUGAGAACUUGUAUAGAUCUAAUGAAUGCCUGAGGAAUUAUUUACAUGAAAGAGCACUUGAGUGUUGAGAGAUACUGGAGAGAUUGAGUGCUUACGGAACUUAAUACCACACUGAUAUAAACUAGAUAGGAGCUCUACUGCCAGACUACUUUUUUUUUCUUCACUAGAUAUAUAUACUUCUUCAGAGGUAAAUUCAAUACUCAGUGCACCCAACUCACUGAAAAGAGUGAAUUAGAAAUGUGGACCUGAUAUGAUGGAUUCCAAAAAGAUAUUAGAAAUAAAUAUUUAAUUUCAUAUCAGUAAUUAAUAUCUGGAAUUGUUGAGCUUCAGCAUAGGGUUUAGACAGCCGGAGUCAUCCUCGAUUUACGGCAGCUCCUGUUAAUUAGAAUUUUCCUUGUAUUGAGGACAACAUGCUUAAUAAGUUAUUAGGCAUUUUUCCUCCUCUGGCUAUUGAACAGAGAAUAAAAAUAGGGCAUGCCCGUGGGCUUCAUUUAUCUUUACAAAGAUUUUCCAAGUGAAUCUGAAGGAUAUGUCUGAAGGACACUAUGUAUUAGUCAGUAAUUGGGUGUUAAUGAUGACUCCACUAGCCUGCCUUACAACAUCGUAGAGCUCGUCGGUGUCUUUGAUUUAAACAUUGAUUUGAUUAGAUUUGUAGAUACCUUUCACCUCUGCAGAGCAUUUCCAUAGUGAGAUUGUGUCUGAGUAAGGGUGGAAGAGCUUAGAAUGGACAUUUCCUAAUUAGGGUGAGUAAUGAGUCCUGAGCUAGGGCAUGUGUGAGCACACCCUCAGGACAAGGCACCCACCAGAUAAUGCAAAUCCACCCACGGAGCUACAAUCAGUUAAAAGGGGUAUUUUUAUCAGCACUUAUCUCAUCAUGCUGCCACUGAAAACUGCAUUUAGAAUAAUUAAACUGAAAACAUAUGGAAAUUACUGGACAUGGCCAUGAUUAAAUAAGGUGGGCGAUUAUCCUGCCUUGAGGGGGAGAAAGCACAUUAUGCCGUUUUCAAAGCCAUUUAGCGACUGAAAUAAAAUUCAAACAACAGCCAUGAUACACUGUGAUUAAACCCCCACGGCUCCCCCAAGCGCCCCUCUCAGAGCUGCGGAUAGCCGCUUCACGAACUGAAAGCAGCGGGUACGAUCACUGACCUGGAAUUAAUGACAAGUGAGAAAGAUAGCAAUGAGUGAUAAAACCAGUGUCACAUAGCCUCAAUCACAACUUUAUCUAUUUAAAUGCUUUGACUCGAUUCAGUUUCACAACUGUGUCGCUUCCAGAUUCACCUCUGGGGUUAAAUUUUAACCUGAUUCCAGCCUACGUAUCACUUUACUGAAUCUGGAACGUGCCCUCUGAUUUGUCUCCUUAUUACAAACACAUGAAAUGAACGGAGGUAGCAGAUUCGUCAGUUGUUGAUUCAGACCGAAGGGCAGGAGUUUGAUUUAAGCCCUCUGCAGAACAAAAACAAGCCUGGGCCUACUUCCCCCCUCUCUUGAUGAGUCGGACUCUUUUGCUCCAGCCAAUAAUGACCUCCUGCUACUCACUUCUGGAACAAUAUAUCACCAGGUUUGACCUUUCUUUUGAACUCAUGCUGAAUGAACUGUGUUUACUUCUCUCUCAAACACAGAACAGUUCUCCGUGAUCAAACUAAGAGGACAUCACGAAGCACCUAAACACACUCAAAAGUAUGUUGAAUAAUGUUUAAUUUGUACUUAACAUUGAUUUAAUGUUGAAUUCACUUGAGUAUCUUUUGCCUCUCUGUAGUGUGUAUUGUAUGGUGAUCAUUUCUGUGGACAGAUGGACAAAUUACCGUACUGAAAUUGGCAAGAGAUUUUUGAAAAUAUUAUUUCAUUUUACUUUUUACUGAUCAAAGACUCUUAGCAAACUGGUUGUGUGAAAAAAAAUGAAAUCUGUUGGUGGUGUAGUGUACAUAGAUCUCCACAACCCUGUGUCUGCUGUCAAGCAGGCCGUGAUUUUAGCAUGAAUUCCAAAGAUAAUUGGUAGAAACUGUUUACUCUUUUCUUUUACUUUACUUUUCUGAAAUGUCAGUGCUGGUUCAUAUUCAAAAGGCCCUCUCCCAAACGAACUGAAAUUAACUGAACAUUUCAUCUUUUUCACAGUUCAUCUGGAACAAAGACAAUUGCCUUGGAAAUAUGUCUUUGCAAGAGAGAAUCUAGUUGUUAUCCUAAUUGUUGGUAUAUUUAUAUAGGAUAAAAUGCUUGUGAUGCCAUGUUUUUGUACAGUUUUAUGUACAUACAAGUGAAGCUUUCUAAAAGUUCUGAGAAAAGCCGAUGGCAUAUAAAAAUUGUAACAUGUUUUCUUGAGAUGUGCACAUCUUGCCUUGGUUGGAUUGACCUUUGCUGAGUCAGUGUGAAUGUGGCCGUUCUAUGCCUGCACUGUAGUCAUUCACCGGCUCCCACCUCCUGAGGACUUAAUCAGUUUUUAUGUUUAUUGUGAACAGUGGAUUGUCUUAUCUUACCAGUUUGUUAAACUCCUGUGUUCUGCUUCGUUCUGUUUCCGCAUGUUGACAAAUUCUCUUGUAAUACUGUAAGUCCUCAUGAACUUUGUAAUAAAAUCACUUCAGGGAAAAAAUGAA